CGGCCCCGCACCGCGCCGCCCCUCCGCGCUCCGCCGCCCGGCCAUGCGCGCCCGCUGAGCCGCAGCAGAGGCGGCCGCCCUGCGCUUCGCUCCCUCUUUUGAUUUUUUUCCUGCUGUCUCCGUUGGGUUUUUCUGUGUUGGUUUUUGCGUUCGCCUGACGCCCCCCGCGGGCGCGGGGCGGCGGCGAUGGGCGCGGCGGCGGGCGGCCGCUCCGCGGGGCGCUGAGCGGGCGCGCAGCGGGCGCGGGCCGCGCCAUGGCCGCCAAGGACAAUCCCUGCAGGAAGUUCCAGGCCAACAUCUUCAACAAGAGCAAGUGCCAGAACUGCUUCAAGCCCCGCGAGUCCCACCUGCUCAACGACGAGGAUCUCAACCAGGCCAAACCCAUUUAUGGUGGCUGGCUGCUGCUGGCCCCGGAAGGAACGGACUUUGACAACCCCGUCCAUCGCUCCCGGAAAUGGCAGCGUCGAUUCUUCAUCCUCUACGAGCACGGGCUGCUGCGCUAUGCCCUCGACGAGAUGCCGACCACCCUCCCGCAGGGCACCAUCAACAUGAACCAGUGCACAGAUGUGGUGGAUGGGGAGAGUCGGACAGGGCAGAAGUUCUCCUUGUGCAUCCUGACGCCAGAGAAGGAGCAUUUCAUCCGGGCAGAGAACAAGGAGAUCAUCAGUGGGUGGCUGGAGAUGCUGAUUGUCUAUCCCAGGACAAACAAGCAGAAUCAGAAGAAGAAGAGGAAGGUAGAGCCCCCAACUCCCCAGGAACCUGGUCCUGCUAAGAUGGCUGUGACCAGCAGCAACAUUCCCAGUGCUGAGAAGGUUCCUGCCACCAAGUCCACGCUCUGGCAGGAAGAGAUGAGAGGCAAAGACCAAGCAGAUGGGGGCAGUGGCAUUGGCCCAGCCCAGAGCCCCAUGCAAGGCCAGGCUGGGGCUGCCAGCUCCAUGAAGGAUCCCGUGCUGGACAGCAAGGAAGAGGAGAGCUCCAUGAACGGAGACCGGAUAGACUGCGGGCGGAAGACGCGUGUCGAGAGCGGGUACUUCUCCUUGGAGAAGACCAAACAAGACUCAAAGCUGGAAGAGCAGCAACUGCCGCCCCCACCAAGCCCACCCAGCCCCAGCACCCCGAACAACAGGUACAGUUAUCCCAAAUCGCCCUCACAGGAGCAUGCCCAGCCCUUUCCUUCCCCAGGUAUCCGAUCAGGCGACCGAAUGAUUCACAGCUUCUCUCUGAACUCCUUGGACUCGAAGAGCAGUUGCCCCAUGCACAAGGACUCCAACAACAGAGAUGUAGGAAGGGGAGCUGAGAAAUCGGGGCGUCCCCUUUCUUUUAAAGCCAGCCGGCAGUACACCACCCUGGCCGACGUUCCCAAGGCCAUUAGGAUCAGUAAUCGUGAGGCCUUCCAGGUGGAGAGGAAGCGGCUAGAGCGGAGAACCCGGGCUCGUAGCCCUGGGAGAGAAGAAGUGGCCCGGCUCUUUGGGAAUGAGAGAAGGAGAUCCCAGGUGAUUGAGAAAUUCGAGGCACUGGAUAUUGAGAACGCGGAGCACAUGGAGACGAACGCGCCGGGCGGCGCUGCCCUGUCCAGCGAGACACGGCAGGGCAGGAGCGAGAAGAGGGUUUUCCCACGGAAGCGGGACUUCACUUGUGAAGGAGCAGCCGUGGGCUCCAUCCUGGACGUGUCUGCGUCACCUCUGUCCCCACACCGCCGGGCAAAGUCUCUGGACAGAAGGUCCACGGAGUCCUCUAUGACGCCCGACCUGCUGAACUUCAAGAAGGGCUGGUUGACAAAGCAGUAUGAGGAUGGGCAGUGGAAGAAGCACUGGUUUGUGCUGACUGACCAGAGCCUGAGAUACUACCGGGAUUCAGUGGCAGAGGAGGCAGCUGACCUGGAUGGAGAAAUCGAUUUGUCCACAUGCUAUGAUGUCACUGAGUACCCAGUUCAGCGGAACUACGGCUUCCAGAUCCAUACAAAGGAAGGGGAGUUCACCCUCUCUGCCAUGACGUCGGGCAUCCGCCGCAACUGGAUCCAGACCAUCAUGAAACACGUUCGCCCCACAACUGCUCCUGAUGUAACAAGGAAAAACUUCUCUUUGAAACUAUCCGUGCUGAAGCCCAGCUCGCUGCCAGAAGAGAAAAGCAAAACAGGCUCUUCCUUCGAGACUGAUCCAAAGCCGAGCGAGAAGCCGGAUGCGGAACAAGCCGAGCUGGACACGGAGCAGAAGCGGAGCCGUGCCCGGGAACGCCGACGAGAAGGACGGUCCAAGACCUUUGACUGGGCUGAAUUUCGCCCCAUCCAGCAGGCCCUGGUGCAGGAGCGUGCAAACGCUGCAGACUCCUCCAGCAGCGGCUCGGCCGCCUUCCCCAGGGACACCGGAGCUGCCGACGCCGACCCCGGAGAGCUGGAGCGGGAGCGGGCCCGGCGGCGGGAGGAGCGGCGCAAGCGCUUCGAGAUGAUCGAUGCCGUGGACGGGGCAGGGUCAGAAGAGGCACUGAGGAUGGAGGUGGACAGGAUCCUGCCUGUCCCAGCAGACAUCAAACCGCAGAACGUCCACGUGGAGAUCGAGCAGCGCUGGCACCAGGUGGAGACCACCCCGCUGCGGGAGGAGAAGCAGAUCCCCAUCACGCCGCUGCACCUCGCCCACGCUGAGGACCGGGAAGAGGGGCUGACGAAGCAGCACCUGACCACGCUGCUGGAGAAGGAGCUGGAGCAGAAGCAGAAGGAGGCCCUGGAGCUCCUGGAGCAGAACCGGUACCUGCAGGAUCAGCUGAAAGUGGCUCUGGGCCGGGAGCAGAGCGCCCGGGAGGGCUACGUGUUGCAGACCGAGGUGGCCGCCUCGCCAUCAGGUGCCUGGCAGAGGCUCCACAAAGUCAACCAAGACCUCCAAAGCGAGUUGGAAGCCCAAUGCCAGCGUCAAGAGGUGAUCAAUCAGCAGAUUCAGUCGCUGAAGCGCAGCUACGCCGAGGCCAAGGAUGUGAUCCGGCACCACGAGGCCGAGAUUCAGAGCCUGCAGGCGAGGCUCAGUAACGCGGCGGCUGAGCUCACCAUCAAGGAGCAGACCCUGGCCAAGCUCAAGAGCGACCUGAGGAGCGAGAAGGAGAAAGCCAAAGAGCAGCUGGAGGAGUGGCAGCACGGCGAGGCCGCGCUCAGCUCCCAGCUGAAGGCCAGCGAGCAGAAGCUGAAGAGCGCGGAGGCUCUGCUGCUGGAGAAGACCCAGGAGCUGCGGGACCUGGAGAUGCAGCAGGCUCUGCAGCGGGACCACCAGAAGGAAGUGCAGCGGCUCCAGGACAGGAUCGCAGACCUCAGCGGGCAGCUGAAUGCCAGCGAGCAGGCACGGGUCCUCAUGGAGGAGAAGCUGCAGAAGAACUACGAGGCUUUGCUGGAGAGCUGCGAGAGGGAGAAGCAGGUUUUGAUACGGAGCCUGAAGGAAGUGGAGGACAAGGCCAACGAGUAUGAGAAUCAGCUGCAGAACAGCGAGCAGCAAAUGGAGAUUCUGCAGAAGGAAAAGCUGAGCGCCAAGUUUGAAGGCAGCGAGCUCGUUCACCAGCUGGAGGAGCAGCUGGCCAUGAAGGAGGCCAGCAUCCAAAAACUUGCCGAGCACAUCAAGGAGCUCGAAAGAGAGAGGGAUCAGAUCAAGUGCCGGUUCCAUGAGCUCAUGAAUCAGGUGGCCGAGUCGGAUAACGAAGUUGCAAAGCUACAAGCAAAGUUGAAAAUGGAAGAGACCAACUACCACAAUCUGGAGCAGUCAUUCGAGGAGGUGUCAGAUCAGUUCCGGGGUGUGCAGGAGGUCCUGAAAGAGAAAGAAGAGGAGCUGAGACAUGUUAAGGAAAUGCACUUGAGAAUUGUGGAGAAGAAAGAUCAAGAUCUCAGUGAGGCUUUGGUUAAAGUGGUUGCUUUAGAUAGCAGUUUAGAGGAGACUAAAGUUAAGCUAAAGGCCAAGGAGGAGGCUUUAAAGAAAUUAGCUAGUGUGGGCACAGGUCCAUGUGCUGAGGAGGCAGAAGACCUUGUCCCCAGUCUUGAGGCGGAUGAAAGUCAUCCAUCCCAAAUGGGGCAGGCUCUGCAAACUCAGGAUGUCCACCCAACUCUGACUUACGCACUGAAGGAAGAGGAGGAUGAGGUUCUUGAGACCAGUCAGAGGCAAGUGGAGGAAUUUGGCUCCCCAUCUAAAGUUGUAGAGCUCCAGGACCAAGAGUUGGUUCAGAAAGCUUUAGCUAAGCCUGAUGUAGGAAUCAUGGGGGCCAAGAGGCAAAGGAUUCGCUUUUCAAGCAUCCAGUGUCAAAAAUAUAUCCAUCCAGACGGAUCAGAGAAAAACUGGACAAGCAGUACCUCUUCAGACACAAGCCAGGACAGAUCUCUGUCUGAAGAAAGCAUGUCCUCAGAGCCAGCUCUGGGUUACCCCUCAUCAGGGACGAGUGAUUCUGAGACUUAUCUCUCCAUCAUCCAUUCCCUGGAAACCAAACUGUAUAUUACAGAGGAAAAGCUCAAAGAUGUGACGAUGAAGCUUGAAAGCCAGCACGGCCAUAACCAGGAGACACUCAUCGCCCUCCACCAUCAGUGGGCCAGCACAGAGUCCCAGCUGCGGGAGCAGCUUCAGACCAGCUUGUCCCAAGUCAAUGCUUUGAUCUCACAGCUGGAGAGCGAGAGGCAGGAAAAGUUCAAGCUCAUAGAAAGUCACGUCAAUGAGCUGGGAGGUUUCCAGAUGAAAAACGAUCAAGCGCUGACUUGCUUAGAGAAGUGCAGGGAGCAGCUAAGAUCCUUGCCCAAAUCAGACAAGGAUAAAGAGGGUGAUUUGUUCCUUGUUACUCUGUCCAGCAUGGAAACAACUUUAUCUAACGCAAUCCAAGCCUUGAGCGGAGCGCCAGUCCCGGCAGAGUAUCAGCAGAGUGAAAGCCUCACCACGGACAGCCCCGCUCCAGAAGGAGGGGAUUUGGAAGAUGAGCACAUCUCCAAGGAGCAGCCAGCAGAUGUGUUUGACACUGGCCAGCUGAGGUGGCUUUCUGAGAAGGUGGCAUUUGAGGCUUCUCUCAUCAACCAAAUAGCAGAGUCUUUGAAAAAUGCAAGCUCUGAGAUAGCCCAGCUUCUGAGAGAGAUCCAGGGAACAGCCGAGGUGGUUUUGUUGGAGCCAGCAAGUGUUUCUCAUACAGCCAAUGAUUUGGCCACCAUCCUGUCUAAAAAGCUGCUGCUGGAAGGGGAGUUUUGGAGCCAGGUGGAGGAGCUGAGAGCGCACUUGAGCACUAGAGACGGAGAUGCCGAGGGUAAAACAGAAACAACUUUGGGCAUUUCCCCAUGUUUUCUCAGUGCUGUAGCAGAUGCUACAUUGAUUAAGGCAGAACUUGGGUUUGUUGCAGAGAAAAUGAGAGAAUCUUUUCAUCAGAGGUUAAAAGCAAUUGAAGAAGAGCUCCAUAAUACCAAAACAGCUCUCCAGCAGCACAAAUGCAUGUUGGAGGAGAUCAUCAAAGCGUACAGGACUCCUGAGUUUGACAGAGUUAUGCACCACAUUUCUGAAGCACUUGAAAUACAAAAAGAUGCUUCAGAAAGAACCCAGAUCUCUUGGGAUGGGAGCCAUCUCCAAAUGGUGCCGUGCCAGGAAUUAGCCAAGGUGGAGGAGACUGGCAGUGCCCCAGACUGUAGUAGUGAAGCUCUUGUUUCCAUUCAGGAAGAUCUUGCCCAGCAGCUAAAGGACAAAUCCAAUGUUCUGAAGGAGAUAUCUGUUGCCUUACUCUCUCUGCCUCCCGAGGAGGCCAUGAGAGACUGUCAGAAGCUCCUGAAGAUGUCCCAGAGUCUUUCAUACCAUUCGUGCAUGGGAGACCUGGAGCGGUAUUCGUCUUUGUUAGUCCACGAUGCCAUUGUCCAGGCUCAGGUUUGUUACGCCGCUUGCAAAGUCCGUCUGGAGCACGAGAGGGAGAUGAAGUCCUACAAGGAGUCCCUGCAGAGCAUGGAUGCACUGUGCCAGGAGCGCGUGAAGACGGUGUCUCUCCUGCGGGACGAGUACGAGGAGCUGCUCAGGAAGCAGCAGGGCGAGUACAGCGAGGUGAUCGCCGUGCUGGAGAGGGAGAACGCUGACCUCAAGGCAAAAGUGUCCCAGCUGGACAACCAGCGGAGGCUCUUGGAGGAGGAAGGGCACGAGCACAGCAAGAGCUUGAGCGAGCUGCAGGGCCGGUACGAGGAGGAGAUCCGAAAUGUGAUCGAGCAGCUCAACAGGACAGAGGAUGCCCUGAAGGCUGAGAGGGUGGAGGGGCUCAACCAGCUGGAUGCUGUUGUCCGUGACAAGCAGAACAUGGAGCAGUAUCACCUGGAGCAGAUGCAGACACUGGAGGAGAAGUUCCAGGCCAAGAUCAAGGAGCUGCAGGUCAUCCACGGCGAGGAGCUGCAGGCACUGCAGGACCACUACAGCCAGAACCUGCAGCGCCUGCAAGAGACCCUCGAUGAGUACCAGAGGCAGCACCCAGAGGCGUCCCCCGCAGUGGCCCCGGGCGCUGGGGACACCUGGGCAGCCGGUGAGGCGGGUGGCACCGGGCAGGACCCCGGCAGCGACCCGGACUCCAUGCAUGGCCUGAGGGAACGCAUCCAGGAGCUGGAGGCCCAGAUGAACGUCAUGAGGGAUGAGCUGGAGAACAAACAUCUGGAGGGGAACGCUUCCACUUUGAGGGAAAAAUACCAGAAAGACUUUGAAAACCUAAAGGCAACAUGUGAGAGGGGCUUUGCAGCCAUGGAGGAGACGCACCAGAAGAAGAUCGAGGACCUGCAGCGGCAGCACCAGCGGGAGCUGGAGAAGCUGCGGGAGGAGAAGGAUCGCCUGCUGGCAGAGGAAACGGCUGCCACCAUCUCAGCCAUCGAAGCCAUGAAGAACGCACACCGGGAGGAGCUGGAGCGGGAGCUGGAGAAGUCCCAGCGCUCGCAGAUCAGCAGCGUCAACGCCGACAUCGAGGCCCUCCGAAGGCAGUACCUGGAGGAGCUGCAGUCGGUGCAGCGGGAGCUGGAGGUGCUUUCGGAGCAGUAUUCCCAGAAGUGUUUGGAGAACGCCCACCUGGCGCAGGCGCUGGAGGCUGAGAGGCAGGCCCUCCGCCAGUGCCAGCGGGAGAACCAGGAGCUCAACGCCCACAACCAGGAGCUGAAUAACCGCCUGGCUGCGGAGAUCACGCGAUUGCGGACCCUGCUGACCGGGGAGGGCGGGGGAGAGGCUGCUGGGUCGCCUCUCACGCAGGGCAAGGACGCCUACGAGCUGGAGGUCCUGCUGCGGGUGAAAGAAUCUGAAAUCCAGUACCUGAAGCAGGAGAUCAGCUCCCUCAAAGAUGAGCUGCAGACAGCACUGAGGGAUAAGAAAUACGCCAGCGACAAGUACAAAGACAUCUACACGGAGCUGAGCAUCGUGAAGGCCAAGGCAGACUGUGAUAUCAGCAGGUUGAAAGAGCAGCUGAAAGCAGCCACAGAAGCUCAGGGAGAGAAAUCCCCUGUGAACACCACUGUAUCGGGAUAUGAUAUUAUGAAAUCAAAAAGCAACCCUGAUUUCUUGAAGAAAGACAGAUCCAGUGUUAGCCGGCAACUAAGGAAUAUCAGGUCAAAGAGUCUGAAGGAAGGCCUGACUGUGCAAGAACGCCUGAAGCUUUUUGAAUCCAGGGACUUGAAGAAAGACUAGUUCUCCCCGCUCCGCUUGACCACGCGCACCUCCCAGCUUGAGGCAGCACAGCACCAGCACCGUUUGUCUCUCGUUCCUUACGAUGUCCUCGCUGUCGUUCGUCCUGACGCCCCGACGGGACCCGGCGCCGCGGUGGCGGUGCCCCCCUCGCCUCCCCGGCUCCUUUCCCUGCUUUGAGAUGCUCCAGAGACUCUGAGAGGGAGAGGAAGGGAUUGGAGUGGGGUUUCCCCCCUCUCUCUUCGGCGCUUUGUAGGAGAAUCCUUUCUUUACUGUAAACCAUUACACUAAGUGUCAGUAUUAAGGCUCAGUAGCCUGUUAAUAAGCUAUAGCUCUGUCGGGAAGAGCGAGCAGGGCCUGGGUGGUGUCAGCCAGACCGAGCUCUUACUGCUGUCUAGAGACCCCGUGCUCAGAGCACACCAGGAGCCUGAUCUAACCAUUGAUCUCGACUGCAUUACUUGCACCUACAAGGGGGGAAAGCCGGGGAAGCUGCCGGGGAGCGCGAGUCCGCAGCCUGGAGGUACAACACUGACAUCUCGCUGGAGAAGGGUGCAAGAAGUGAUCCUCCUGCCCCGUGACUGUGCCGUAUCCUGAAUGUAGGUGCCACCGAAGCCUGGCAAGCUUUGGUGGCUGCCAGGUGGUUAUGGAUGGGGAGCUGCAGCUACUGAAGUGCACCAUCGAGUCCACCCCGUCGGCGCGUCCUCGCUCCCGUCUCGCUGGUGGUCGGAGUUGGUGUUCCAGGGGCCGAGCUGUAAGAUCACUUUCUUGCCUCUGUUAGAUCAAGCCCAGCACUCUCUUUUGGUUUUUUUUGUUUUUGUUUCUGUUUUUUUUUUUUUUUGCUGUUACUCCCUUCCUCUCAUUGAAUCUCGUGUAUCCCAGGGUCUGUGCACAUGUGAAACUCCCUUUUCCUAGUGAAAGGAAACUAGAGUAGAAAGUAGAGCCAAUAUUGACUGAAAAUGCACAGUGCUCAAUGCAUAUAAUGCUCAUUUUUUACCAGCUUCUUGAAUUCAACUCUUCUUGUCAGCAGGGCAGCUCCUAUUUUAAUUCUUUAAUCUUUUCCUGAAAUAAAGAUCUCAAAACCAGUAUGUGCUUCAGACCUUCUCAGUCCUAAUAGCUUCUGUAUUUAAAACAUACAGUUUAGCACCGUGAGACAGACAGAUGCAUACAAACCAAGGGAUGAGGAGCUGGUAGCACUACAUGGUCACAGGUAGCUGAGCAGAGGCUUCCUAGAAGAAGCCUGUGCUGCUUUGCAGGUGUGGAGCUUCAUCCCUGGAUAAAUCUCAAGAUGCCACCUGGAAGGUCACCAGGGCUGAAGGAGACUCUGGCACGUUGGCUUCCCAGCCUGGUUGGGAUGUGGAAGAUAGCCUGGCCUUCAUCCAGAGCAAAGCUUCCUCUUGUCCUUCAGGCACUCAGCCAAGGCUGAGGCCAGCAGCUCCCAGUGCUUUCCUGCUGGUUCUGGGUCUGGUGGUUGGUACAGGCACAGCUCUCAGAGGCCCACCGGGCUGGUGAAGCCAGCCCCAGUCCUGCCAGGCUGGACCAGAGCAGCUGCUGGAGUUCUCUUCAUCCUCCUAGGAGCAGAAUCUCUUUUUUCCAGCCACGAGACCUUCAGCAGGACAUGUGUUACUGAACCACGGUGGGAGUCAGGCUCUUGUCCAGCUUGGCACCUCACAGCAGGACUUGGCAGCUGGUGCUGCCCAGAGGAGCCCUGCUUGUCCCCAGGCAUGAUGCAGGGGGCAGAGCAGCUGUUCUGCUGGGAUGCUCUGCGUGCCUGGGUGUGCAUGGAGGGCCUGGAGGUGGGAGCAGGGUAGGAAAGAUGCUCAACCUGUUGGACACAAAGCCUUUCCCUCAUCAGCAGUGCUCUCAGGUGUGUGGGUGUGCAGCCAGGCGCUGCAUGUGAGUUCACCACAGCACUCCCAUGGUCUGGGCUCUGGAGAACCUGGGCUGUUCCUACCACGUCCCACCUGGAUCACCUCUCCAGCCACUUCAUCCCUGGCUGCUCUGGCUGCAUGGUGAGCUCUGAUCUCCUGGCAGAGGCCUGUGAGGCAGCCUGGAUUUGGGAUGGCACGUGGGCCUUGUCAUUGUCAUUGCUCUUCCCUUGCAGGAUGUCACUGGCUCUAGGAGAACCCUCCUCCUCCUCUUCUCUUCAGACUUGGGAUGGGAUUUGGCCCUUUUUGGCCAACCAAGCAGAACAUUCUGAUCUCCUUCUCACCAUGUGGACCCUGCCCUUUCUGAGAUUCCCCAGCAAAUCCUGCUCAUGUGCUCCCGCUUGUAGGAGCAGAUGUUUCCAUGGGGAGUUGGGCUCCUCUGGAAAAAUAAAUGGAGAAUCUUGGUCUGCUGUACAGACAGGGCUGAGCAGUGGCCUUGACCUCAUCAGGACCAGCUGCACCCCCUGGGGCAGUGCUUGGGAAGGAUGUUUGGGGUGUGUUUAGGGUGGGAGCUGAGAAUUCUGGGGGUCACUGAGAGGAAGAGGAGGGAGGAAGGUCCCUUAUGCAGCCAAAUGUUCUGAACCCCUGCUGAGGGUUCUGGGCUCACUCUGGUGAGUCUGAGCAUCUCUCCAAGGCAAGGAGCAGCACUUUACCUGCCUUUACUGUAAAGAAAAAGAACCUGCAGCACCAAUAAACAGCCCCAAACUGAAAUAUUCCUGCAGAGCCCAGUACUUGAAAAUAAAGGGAGAAGUCCUUUAAUUCAUAGCAAUGAUCCUCAGUUAUUCUCCUGCUUCUUCCUGCUCCUGACUUCAUCCAUCUUUUGGGAUUAAUCAGUGGCUAUUUAAAUUAGACAGCGUGUGGGCAAGCUGCUGCAUGCUGCAUCACUCCACACUAUUAUAGCACCAAAAAGGGAGGUUUGGGAGAACUCAAGUGCAGCAAAGGCACAGGUCUUGGAGCCUUGUUGGCUCCAAGUAAUCUUAUUUUUCCUGAGUAAAAUUUUCCUCCCAUUUGCAUCAUCUCCCCUGAGCCAGACUGAAUCCUUCUUUAAAUGUCACCUUUUCUCAUGUAUUAAAAAAAGAAGUAAAUUGUGUUCAUUUGUUUCAAAAAUAGAACUGCUUAGAAUUGGUGCUGGCUUGCAAACCAGAAAAUGCCCUUUUUUUUGGUACCAGAGAGCUGGGCUGCAGCAGAAGUGCUCACAUUUUGUACCUACGCUAUUUGAUGGCACUUCCACAAGACCUUUGCAUAUUUGUCCCGGUUUGGAUACUCAGUUUGUUGUGGACACUCAAGCACACGCACACUCGCUGUGGUCUGCCUUUGCUCUGUAUUUUUUCUCAUUUUUAGGUAAAGAAAAACUUUCUUAUUCUCCUCUUUUUUAAAAACAAAAGUAAUUUAAUACCUGUAUAGAAUUCCAAGUGUGCAGUGUAAAUAUUUAUUCCUCAGCAGUUUGCAGAGGGUUCUCUUGUGACUGAGUUGUGGGUUUGAUUUUUAAGGCUUGUUGUAGCACAGAGGCCCCACUUGUGGGUUGGGAGAGGAGGAAAGAGUGUGAUGUGUCCAACCCACCCCAUCUGCCCUGAUAAACUACUUUUUUUAGGGGUUGAGGACUGUUAUAAAUACCUUUUCAAACCUUUUCUGCUGUUCUAUGCUUUUAGCUUUGAAGGUACCUGUCUGAAGAUUGUGUACAAUCUGUUUGACCACUGUAACCUACUUUGCUAUAGAUUUGGGGUAUUUUUUUCCAGUCAGAGGACUCAAUAAUCUUGUGUUUGAUAGCAGCAUCAACGCUGUGCAUGUGCAAACUGUGCCCUGUUGUUCCAGAGAGCAGCAACAACUCCCUGCCAGCCACAGCUGCCCUGCACACACCCACAUCCCACGAGCUGUAACUCACUGUGUAACUGCAAAUGCAGUGGAACUACAGCAACAAGAGCCACGGCACUGCUGCAGACACGGGGAAACAACAACCUCAGCGUGAGGCUGCUGAGGAAACAGAGGGUGUGGGAUGUACUAGAGAAACCUGACAAGUUGGUACCAGCUGGACUAACCCAGCUGGCUCUGAACUGGUGAAUAAUGGGUGCAAUUAGCAUUAUUUUCUUCAUGCUUUCUACACCCUGUGUGCAGGACAGGAGUGCUCACUGUUUGUUCUCCCCUAGAGAAAGCAAAGCAUGUAAAAUACUGGAGACUAUGGUAAGUAGGAAGCAGGAAUCCUCUGGCCUGGCCCGUGUCCCCCUUCCUGGAGUUCUGGAUGACUUGAGAGUUUAAAGAAUCACUUGGAAGGAUGGAGGUUUGGGGAAAGGGAGGGGAGGAAGCUCUGAGGAUGAGGGUGGUGUCUGAUGUGGCAGUUCAGGUAUUCAUGGCCAGUCUUCCUCAGUGGCCUGGGAAGAGCUCGGCCUUGGCUCUGUCCGGGCAGAGCUUCACCCGCCUGCCCAAGGAUGGGGACUCGUUCUGGGUCACAUCUGGGCACUGUGCCCUGCCACGUGUGCCUGGGAACAGCCCAGGGGCCUGUGAGCACCGAGGGUGAAGGAGUCCUUGCCCAGAGCUGUUGCUGUGAUGAUGUGACAGAGCAGCCAGCCCUCAGCUCCAGCUGUGACAGACCAGCAGUGCUGGGAUGCUGCAGCCUCAGGGCUCUCACACCCCAUCCUUUUCCCCUGCAAAGGGGAAGGGUGUGGAAGGCUCCUGUUUCUCCACGUGUGUGAGUUCUGUCUCCUUCCCUUCUCCCUUCCACUCCCAGUUUAUUCCAGUGCUUUUUUAAGAGCCACCAUUCCUGAUCAACUGCUUGCUGUAAUAGAAACGUCACUUUUUCUCACUGUAUUUAUUCCUUACAAACCUUGUGUGACGUGCUAGGCUCCCCUGGAUGUAGCUGAUCAUUUUUACUUUGUAAAUAUAAUUACUUAACUUUACAUUAACUAUAUGGUAAUAAACUAUUUUUGCACCACC